AUGCCCACCACCCUGAUCAUGCAUAAUCCCGCAACCCAACCCCCACCCCCAUCCCCGCAACCCAUUGUUUAUGCCCCCGAAGAUGUGGAUGACUGUCACAGUUCACCAUGUGGGAAUGGUGGCAGCUGUGUUGAUAUGUUGAACGGGUACACGUGUACUUGUACAUCUGGUUAUACUGGAACGCACUGCCAACAAGAUGUGGAUGACUGUUACACUUCACCAUGUGGGAAUGGUGGCAGCUGUGUUGAUAUGUUGAACGGGUACAUGUGUACUUGUGCAUCUGGUUAUACUGGAACGCACUGCGAACAAGAUAUAGAUGACUGUCACAGUUCACCAUGUGGGAAUGGUGGCAGCUGUGUUGAUAUAUUGAACGGGUACACGUGUACUUGUGCAUCUGGUUAUACUGGAACGCACUGCGAACAAGAUGUUGAUGACUGUCACAGUUUACCAUGUGGAAAUGCUGGCAGCUGUGUUGAUAUGUUGAACGGGUACAUGUGUACUUGUGCAUCUGGUUAUACUGGAACGCACUGCGAACAAGCAUGUGGAAAUCUUCCAGUUUUACCGAACGGUGUUGCCACACUAGAUGUCGAAAACCAAAAGUCAUAUCUUGAUACAGCCACUGUUGAAUGCGUUGUUGGAUACCUUGCAAACAAGCACAGUAUUCAGUGUCAGGCCAGCGGAGAAUGGGAAUCGUCAACAUGUGAAGAUGUGGAUGACUGUCACAGUUCACCAUGUGGGAAUGGUGGCAGCUGUGUUGAUAUGUUGAACGGGUACACGUGUACUUGUACAUCUGGUUAUACUGGAACGCACUGCCAACAAGAUGUGGAUGACUGUUACACUUCACCAUGUGGGAAUGGUGGCAGCUGUGUUGAUAUGUUGAACGGGUACAUGUGUACUUGUGCAUCUGGUUAUACUGGAACGCACUGCGAACAAGAUAUAGAUGACUGUCACAGUUCACCAUGUGGGAAUGGUGGCAGCUGUGUUGAUAUAUUGAACGGGUACACGUGUACUUGUGCAUCUGGUUAUACUGGAACGCACUGCGAACAAGAUGUUGAUGACUGUCACAGUUUACCAUGUGGAAAUGCUGGCAGCUGUGUUGAUAUGUUGAACGGGUACAUGUGUACUUGUGCAUCUGGUUAUACUGGAACGCACUGCGAACAAGAUGUGGAUGACUGUUACAAUUCACCAUGUGGGAAUGGUGGCAGCUGUGUUGAUAUGUUGAACGGGUACACGUGUACUUGUGCAUCUGGUUAUACUGGAACGCACUGCGAACAAGAUGUGGAUGACUGUUACACUUCACCAUGUGGGAAUGCUGGCAGCUGUGUUGAUAUGUUGAACGGGUACAUGUGUACUUGUGCAUCUGGUUAUACUGGAACGCAUUGCGAACAAGACGUUGAUGACUGUCACAGUCCACCAUGUGGAAAUGCUUGCAGCUGUGUUGAUAUGUUGAACGGGUACAUGUGUACUUGUGCAUCUGGUUAUACUGGAACGCACUGCGAACAAGAUAUGGAUGAAUGUCACAGUUCACCAUGUGGGAAUGGUGCCAGCUGUGUAGAUAUGUUGAACGGGUACACUUGUACUUGUGCAUCUGGUUAUACUGGAACGCACUGUGAACAAGACGUGGAUGACUGUUACAGUUCACCGUGUGAAAAUGGUGGCAGCUGUGUUGUUAUGUUGAUCGGAAUGGUAAGGUACGACACCGAGGGAGUACAUGGGGAAAAGAAACUGGAUAGUGACGGGAACACCGUGUCAGAGGUGGGACUCCCAGACCCCACAUUUACAUUCGUAUACAAACUUACAGUACUUUCCCGAAACAGUACUAGCUAA